CUCACGAGCGGCCCCUUCCCGCCGGCAGCGGCGCCCCCCGGCGGGGCGGCGGGACUACGAGUCCCAGCUGGCCGCGGGCCGGGGGGAGCGGGGCUUUGUGCGGGCCGCGGCGGCCGCGGGGCGGCAUGCGGGGGAGCCGCCGCGGUUGCCGGAGCGAGCCCGCCCCGGGGGGAGGGCGAGGGCGGCGAGCCAUGACGGGCGGCGGCGCGGCGGCUGUGCGCCGUCGGUGCUAGAGGGCGACCGCGGGGCGCGCAGCCCGCCUCGCUCGGCGGCGCGGCGCGGCGCGGGGCGGUGCGCGGCGGCGGCGGCGGCGGAGCUGGAGCGCGGAGGCAGCGCGGAGGGCCGCCGCCAUGGGCAACGCGGGGAGCGUGGACGCGCAGCAGACGGAGUUCCGGGCGCACAGCGUGCCCCUCAAGCUGCCCAUGCCCGAGCCCGGCGAGCUGGAGGAGCGCUUCGCCGUCGUCCUGAAUGCGAUGAACUUGCCACCUGACAAAGCCAGGUUAUUGCGGCAGUACGACAACGAGAAGAAGUGGGAGCUCAUCUGUGACCAGGAAAGAUUUCAAGUGAAGAAUCCUCCACAUACGUAUAUCCAAAAAUUAAAGGGCUAUCUCGAUCCCGCCGUGACGAGGAAGAAAUUCAGAAGACGAGUCCAAGAAUCUACUCAAGUACUCCGAGAACUGGAAAUUUCUUUAAGAACAAAUCACAUCGGAUGGGUCAGGGAGUUCUUGAACGAAGAGAACAAGGGCCUGGAUGUGCUGGUGGAAUAUUUGUCGUUUGCACAGUAUGCAGUCACUUUUGACUUUGAAAGUUUGGAGAACAAUGUGGAAAACUCCAUGGACAAGUCCAAACCUUGGAGCCGAUCUAUUGAAGACCUGCACAGAGGAAGUAAUUUGCCCUCGCCAGUCGGCAAUAGCAUUUCCCGCUCCGGCAGACACUCUGCUCUACGGUAUAAUACCUUGCCAAGCCGAAGAACGCUAAAAAAUUCCAGAUUAGUGAGUAAAAAAGAUGAUGUUCAUGUCUGCAUCAUGUGUUUACGGGCCAUAAUGAAUUACCAGUAUGGAUUCAAUAUGGUCAUGUCACAUCCACAUGCCGUUAACGAAAUUGCACUAAGUUUGAACAACAAGAAUCCCAGAACGAAAGCCCUCGUCCUGGAACUGCUGGCAGCCGUUUGUCUGGUCAGAGGAGGGCACGAAAUCAUUUUGUCUGCAUUUGAUAACUUCAAGGAGGUUUGUGGGGAGAAACAGCGCUUUGAGAAGCUAAUGGAGCACUUCCGAAAUGAAGACAACAAUAUUGACUUUAUGGUGGCCUGCAUGCAGUUCAUCAACAUCGUUGUCCACUCGGUGGAAGACAUGAACUUCAGAGUCCAUCUGCAGUACGAAUUUACAAAAUUAGGCCUGGACGAGUAUCUGGACAAACUUAAGCACACGGAGAGUGACAAACUGCAGGUGCAGAUUCAGGCCUACCUGGAUAACGUUUUCGACGUGGGAGCUUUGCUUGAGGAUGCUGAAACCAAGAACGCGGCCUUGGAAAGAGUUGAAGAACUGGAAGAAAAUAUUUCUCAUUUAUCUGAAAAACUCCAAGAUACGGAGAACGAAGCUAUGGCAAAGAUUGUGGAACUGGAAAAGCAACUUAUGCAGAGAAACAAAGAACUGGAUGUGAUUCGGGAAAUCUACAAAGAUGCAAAUACCCAGGUUCAUACGUUGAGAAAAAUGGUCAAGGAAAAAGAGGAAGCCAUCCAGCGACAGUCAACACUGGAGAAAAAGAUCCACGAACUGGAAAAGCAGGGGACCAUUAAAAUCCAGAAGAAGGGCGACGGGGACAUCUCCAUUCUUCCUGUGGCUCUGGCUUCCGGCGUGUUGCCAGCAGGGUCGGAAGCCGUGGCUGGCACCUGCGUUGGACCAGGCGCUGGAGCUGCAUCCUCGGUACCGUUGCCACCACCUCCACCGCCAUUACCCACCUUAGCAGCAGCGCCCGAGGCAGUGCAAAAUGGUCCUGUGACGGUGCCAAUGCCACCUCCGCCCCCGCCUCCCCCGCCGCCUCCCCCGCCACCGCCGCCACCUCCUCUCCCCGGUCCAACGCUGGAGACAGCUUCCGCGGCUCCGCUGCCGCCCCCGCCCCCGCCGUCGGCACCCCCCUUGCCGGGAACCACCUCUCCCACUGUGGUUUUCAACUCAGGACUUGCAGACGGGCCGAUCAAGCUCUUCUCUGUGAAGAUCAAGAAGCCGAUCAAGACCAAGUUCCGCAUGCCCGUCUUCAACUGGGUCGCCCUCAAGCCCAACCAGAUCAACGGGACGGUCUUCAACGAAAUCGAUGACGAGAGGAUCCUGGAGGAUUUAAAUGUGGAUGAAUUUGAAGAAAUAUUCAAAACAAAAGCCCAAGGUCCAGCCAUUGAUCUUACUUCAAGCAAGCAAAAGAUAACUCAGAAAGGAUCGAACAAAGUCACGUUACUGGAUGCAAACAGGGCCAAAAAUCUUGCCAUUACUUUAAGAAAAGCUGGAAAGACAGCAGAUGAAAUAUGCAAAGCUAUUCACGUCUUCGACCUGAAAACGUUGCCGGUGGAUUUUGUUGAAUGCCUGAUGCGGUUCCUGCCCACCGAGAACGAAGUGAAAGUGCUGCGGCUCUAUGAGCGGGAGAGGAAGCCCAUCGAGAACCUCUCUGACGAAGACCGCUUCAUGAUGCAGUUCAGCAAGAUCGAGAGGCUGAUGCAGAAGAUGACCAUCAUGGCGUUUAUAGGCAACUUUGCAGAAAGCAUCCAGAUGCUGACCCCCCAACUUCACGCAAUAAUAGCUGCAUCUGUCUCAAUAAAGUCGUCCCAAAAGCUUAAGAAAAUACUGGAGAUAAUCUUGGCCCUGGGUAACUAUAUGAAUAGCAGUAAACGAGGAGCUGUUUACGGAUUUAAGCUGCAGAGUUUAGACCUGCUCUUGGAAACAAAGUCAACAGACCGAAAACAAACGCUGUUGCACUAUAUUUCUAAUGUUGUCAAGGAGAAGUACCAGCACGUGUCCCUCUUCUACAAUGAGCUUCACUACGUGGAGAAGGCUGCCGCAGUGUCUCUGGAAAACGUCCUCUUGGACGUGAAGGAGCUGCAGAGAGGCCUAGACCUGACGAAGCGAGAGUACACCAUGCAUGACCACAACACAAUGCUGAAGGAGUUCAUUCAGAACAACGAAGGAAAGCUAAAGAAACUGCAGGAUGAUGCAAAAAUAGCCCAGGAUGCCUUUGAUGAUGCUGUGAAAUACUUCGGGGAGAAUCCCAAGACAACACCCCCCUCCGUCUUUUUCCCAGUGUUUGUCCGAUUUGUGAAAGCCUACAAGCAAGCAGAAGAAGAGAAUGAGUUGAGAAAAAAGCAGGAACAGGCCUUAAUGGAAAAACUUAUGGAACAAGAAGCACUGAUGGAGCAACAGGACCAAAAGUCUCCUUCACACAAAACAAAGAGACAGCAGCAAGAGCUAAUUGCAGAGCUCAGGCGGCGGCAAGUCAAGGAUAACAGACAUGUGUACGAAGGGAAGGAUGGUGCCAUUGAAGAUAUCAUCACAGCCCUAAAGAAGAAUAAUAUCACUAAAUUUCCAAAUGUUCACUCGAGGGUAAGGAUUUCUUCUAGCACACCGGUGGUGGAGGAUACACAGAGCUGAUCUUAGAAACCAGCCAUACCGACGGGCCGAUGCGGUGAGGAGAAGCGUUAGACGGCGCUUCGAUGACCAGAACUUGCGCUCUGCCAAUGGUGCUGAAAUAACCAUGUGAGCUGGAGACCUGCGUGUGUAAAGUAAAGGGUGUGCUUGAAUGAUCCCUUGUCCAUGUGACCGAUGAUAGGCUCUGCCACUUAACUACAGCCUUGGAAACAGUAAAAUUACCUUCUAAAGGGCUCAAAGACCUAGAAAAAUGCAUAGGAACGUCAGCGAUGGGCUCUCCACUCAACCGUAGCUAAUAAGUGCCUAAAAUUGAAGUACCUGCUCAAAUUAAUCAAAGCAAUAGGACUUGAUUUGAUUGGGUAUCUUUUUACACCAAUACGUUACUCAGUAUUUUUAACCAAAAUGUAAAAUAUAUGUUGUUUUUGGGUGUUUGGUUAUAGAAAAGGUUAGUGACAGGUCCUCAGCUGACCUGACUUGGCCGGUUGCACACAGGUGACACUUGGACACGCUCCGCUGGGGGCUGCGUAAGCCAAACGCACUCCUGUGCUGUCUGCCGAGGAACGGCCCUUGGCCUCAGCUGCACUUAUUGGCUCUUUAUUUUUGUCUAAAAAAAUAAAGUAAAAUAAGGGCUUUCCAUAUGUAAUAGGGAAGUAAUUGCAAGACUAAGCCCGUACCUUUUUCCGCCAGACACAGGCUCCACACCACUGCAGCUAGGAUGUGGUGACGUGUAAGUCAGCGACCACACGCUUUCUGUCCAACGAUGAACACUAGUCUUCACUUGCAGAUUCUGCUUUUUACAGUACGCAGCGCAGGGCUGAGGCACGGGGAAUACCUGGGGUACAAAAAGCAGUGCGAAGGCACAAAACGAGGAUGGUGGAUAAAGCAGUUACUCUUUUCUUCAGCUAGAGGCGGCUUUUGAAUAACAGUGUAUUUAUUAAUUAGCACUAAGGCAUUAACAUCUCAAUAAUCAGUAUUAGGCUCCUGAGGACCGUUACCGCUGCGUCGUUAGCACGGAGGGAUCUUCUGGUGCCCUGCUCCUUACGGCUAAUACCCCGUUACCAGCUUAACGUUUGCAGCAACUUUGUAACCCCCCGGUUUCCUUUGACAAUCGAGUUCAAAUGCUCCCCGAAGGGGCCUUUGUUCAAGGAUGAAGUGUAGCCCAGCCUAAAAUCCCACAUAAUUUAUACAUUGCAUUUUUAAAGCUUAAAAAUGGGUAUUAUUAUACUUAGUUUAGCAGCAUUAUGCACACCCCACUCCUGGUUUUCCAUCAAUCUCCUGGUAUAAAAAGAUAAAGCCGAACUGUGUGACCGCAGGGUACUUGAUCUUUUCAGAAGUGAAGAACUGGACUGAAACUAAAUUUGUACUUUCCAAGCAGAUACAGUUUGCUUACAGCUUACCUUUUCUGGUAUCAUUGCAUCAAUAUAUUAAUUGUAAAAUUUAUUGUAUAGUAUUUAACCACUGAAUUUCUUUUCUUUUAUGUUGUGCUUAUGUGAACCACUGGUGAAGGUCCCAUUUUUCUUGGAUAAUGUGUAGUUAUAUGAUAAUCUGUUUUUAAAUGUACAGAUAUUUUGCUACAAAAUUGGUGCAGUUUUUUAUGGUUUUUACACUUCUCUUUUAUUCCCACUUUAGCCUCUGGGUAAUAUUGUAAAUAUUGUUUAAAAAAAAUGCAUCAGCCUGUGCUAUACAAUCUGAAUGUUAUUUUAACUUAUAGUUUUGUUUUUAUAUUUAACUAAAUGGACAGUUUGGGGCUCAAAGUUACCACAUUGACCUCUGCUUACCUAUUUACAGGACGUUUACUUUACAAACUGCCACCGUCUCGCAUUUACAGCAACGCGUACCUGACAUGCUAAAGAGAACAUGCCACGACUGCCUUUCUUCACGGCUAGUGACAGAAGAGCAUUUUAAUCUGUGUAAAGAAAAUUGGCAAUUUAAUUAAUUGCAAGUCAAAUGGCUGAACAUGCUAGCGCUCACGUUCUUACGCUCAAAGGUAUUUUUUUAAUUUAAGACAAAAAUGAUCAUGCAGAUAGACUAUAAUACUGGCAUGUUCUCUUUAAUAUUUUUCUAGUAAUAGACCUGCUUCUUAGCAAUAUUAGGAGUGUUUUAUAAAAGCAGUUCAUGUUACUUUCCUGGUCUGUUCCUGGCAUAAGAGCAAAUAAACUAUUUACACUACUA